AUGACGGAACAUUAUCCAUCUGACGCGAAUGCCCCCUUGCUCUCGAACGAUGCGGUCACCAACCAUCCACAUCAAGACUAUGACGAUAAUAUCCCAGAUCUGGAGUUAGGAUACUCGGGAGGCUGGUUCAUCUGGAUCUUAACAUUCUCAGCCGGGAUAAGUGGGCUUUUGUUUGGAUAUGACACAGGAGUUAUCUCGUCCACUCUCGUAUCCAUCCACUCCGAUCUUUCUCAUCGUACCCUUAAUACGUUGGACAAAAGUCUGAUCACGUCUUGCACGAGUUUAUUUGCCUUGAUUGCAAGCCCGGUGGCAGGAGUCAUGGCCGAUAGGCUCGGCCGUCGGAAAGUCAUACUGGUUGCAGACGCACUGUUCGCUGUCGGUGCAUUGUUACAGGCCGCUACCAGCGAGGUAUCGGGAAUGAUCGUUGGGAGGAGCAUUGUUGGCAUGGCUGUCGGCGGUGCUAGCUUGGUGACUCCGUUGUAUAUAUCUGAACUGGCACCACCGCAUGCCCGAGGACGACUAGUUACGAUCCUCUGCCUGUUGAUCACCGGGGGGCAAGUCAUAGCCUAUAUUAUGGGCUGGCUAUUUUCAUCUGUACCUGGAGGCUGGCGUUGGAUUGUCGGUCUUGGAAUGGUACCCGCAGUGCUGCAGUUUGGAAUCGUACUUGUGUUACCAGAAACCCCACGCUGGUCAGCGCAAGCUGGGCUCGAAACCAAUGCUAUACGCUCUUUAAUGAAGGUAUAUCAAGGCCACCCCUACAGAGAGCGCGUCGCGAAGCAGGUCCUGCAUGAUAUACAACGGGAAAUAACUGAACAAGAUGAGGAGCUGAAUACAUGCAACGAUGCGCCUCAAUUUCGCAUGCAGUGGCUGCAAAACAUGACGCAGCGUGCUCGUGAUCUAUUUCUUACACCUGGAAACCGGAGAGCAUUAACAAUCGCCAUGAUGCUGCAAGGAUUACAACAGCUAUGCGGAUUCAAUAGUUUGAUGUAUUUUUCGGCAACUAUAUUCUCCCUUCUUUCAUUCUCUUCGCCCACACUCGCUGCACUAUCAGUGGCCAUGACCAACUUUGUUUUUACAAUGCUCGCAUUUGUCUUCAUUGAUCGGAUUGGCAGGCGCCGCAUACUCCUCUAUUCUAUACCCUUCAUGAUAAUUUCUCUUCUUGCCUGUGCCUUAGCAUUUCCUUCUCUGGAAUUGCCGAAUAUGUCCGACGUCCAAGCAAGAUCAGACAGUAACGUCACUGCCCAGGCUGGCUCCUUGCUACCAAUGGUGAUCCUUGUUUGCUUUACAGUAUACACAGCAUCCUACGCAUUUGGGCUCGGCAAUGUUCCUUGGCAGCAAUCUGAACUCUUUCCCCUCAAUGUUCGCUCGCUUGGGUCUUCAAUUGCCACGGCGACAAACUGGGGGUCAAAUUUUGUUGUCGGGCUUACCUUUCUGCCUAUGAUGGAACUUCUCUCUCCUGGUUGGACAUUCGCGGUCUACGCAGCCAUAUGUAUCAUUGGCUGGUUUUGCGUGUGGUCAAAUUACCCUGAACUCAAUGGUCUUAGUCUCGAGGAGGUCAAAUGGCUCCUUGCUGCCGGCUGGGGGCUAGAUAAAGGUCUUAUCAGGCCUCAGGACACCCCGUCGAGGUGA